AUGCGUUACUCUGCUAUUGCCGCAUCAUUUCUCAUUUCUACCGCUUCGGCCUGGCGCUUCCCAGACUUCGACUGGAGCAACCAAGGCUUCCAAGGAUGGCCCCGUCCUAGCCACGGCUCCUCUGUGGCAGUUUCUGCAACUCCCACCAAGUCCGUUGCUGCUUCUGUGAGCCACGCUGCCUCCAGCGUCGUAGCCACCACUGUCGUAGCUACUGUCGCCCCGACUUCUGCCGCUGUCGUCCCAACCUCUGCCGUUGCGGAUGCCGCUUCCACCAAAGCUGCCUCGAAGACCUCUACUGCCGCCGCAAGCACUGGCACCAGCACCUCCGGCAGUCUGACUUCCGACGAACAGGCCGCUCUCGACGCACAUAACGAUGCCCGCGCUGAGGUUGGCACCGCUGACCUGACCUGGGACGCCUCCCUGGCUGCGGAUGCUCUGGCCUAUGCUAAGACGCUUGCUUCUUCUGGAACUUUCGAACACUCUGGUGUCUCCGACCAGGGCGAGAACCUGUACAUGCAGUACGGCACUGACACCCCUCUUACCAACGCCGUAAAAGGCUUCCUUGAGGAGAAGAGCUCGUACAACGGUGAGGCUAUCACCUCCACCAACUACAUGACUUUCGGUCACUACACUCAAUGCGUCUGGAAGGACACCACUAAGGUUGGAAUGGGUUCCGCCGCUGGCAGCGAUGGCUCUACUUACGUCGUUGCCCGCUACAAGGCUCCCGGUAACUACAUCGGCGAGACCGCCUACUAA